AUGAGCCCGGGCUCGGCAGGAGCUGGGACGGCCCUGGGCGCUGCCGUGGAGGGAGCUGGGUGCUGCGCUCGCUGGGAGCACGAGCAGGAAGGGGCACGUGGAGGAGUGCGGAGGGACGCGGCCAGUGGCACAGGCGCCACCGGGGGCUCUCGGGGUCCCUCUUGCUCCCCUCGCUUCAUCGUGCAGUCGCCUUCGUUGGGUAACGCGCUCGAGGGCAGCGCGCUCAGCAGCCCAUGGAGCGUGGCGGCUGCCUCUGCUGGAUGCCACGAGCUGCGAGACGCCGAACACGAGCGCUCCCGUCCUGCCCGCCUGGAGCAGAAGGUGGUUGCAGCUGAGGUCCUGCGCUGGGAAACCUUCGAGCUGAAGAGGCUCCUCUUCAUCAAUGCCCCUGUGACAGGUUGCAGCGUCCUCGUUGUCCGCUCUGGGGAUUCGGGCACCUCCAACACCUCUGAAUGCGCAUCGCGGCUUGAGGGGUCCUGCGGGAUUCGGGCCGGGAGCCCGCGCCACUGCUCGGAGGUCAACAACAACGGCAUCAUCUCUUUCCUGAAGGAGGUUUCCCAGUUCACACCGGUCGCAUUCCCGAUUUCCAAGGACCGGCGCGUGGUAGCGGCCUUCUGGGCAGAUGUGGAUAACCGGCGGGCAGGCGACGUGUAUUACCGGGAGAGCAAGGACCGGGCCAUCCUGGAGCGAGCGACCCGCGACAUCGCGCAGUAUUUUCCCGAGUUCCCCGACUUCUCCGCGCAGUGGGUUUUCAUUGCUACCUGGUACCGAGUGACCUUCUUCGGGGGAAGUUCCUUCUCUCCAGUGAACACUUUCCAGAUAGUGCUCAUCACAGACGGCAAGCUCUCCUUCACCAUCUUCAACUAUGAGUCCAUCACGUGGACCACGGGUAUGCACGCCAGCAGUGGGGGGGACUUUGCUGGGCUUGGCGGCAUCGCAGCGCAGGCAGGUUUUAACGCCGGUGAUGGAAAGCGCUACUUCAACAUCCCCGGAUCCCGCACUGACGACAUCGCUGACGUGGAGAUGACGACAAAUGUGGGUAUCCCCGGGCGCUGGGUGUUCAGAAUCGAUGAUGCCCAGGUGCAAGUGGGGGGCUGCAGCAAUACAACCUCCGUGUGCCUCACGCUGCGGCCCUGCCUCAACGGGGGGAAGUGUAUUGAGGACUGCAUCACGGGGAACCCCUCCUACACCUGCUCUUGUCUGGCAGGCUUUACGGGAAAGAGGUGUCACAUAGAUGUGGAUGAGUGUCUCUCCCACCCAUGUCAAAAUGGAGCUACCUGCAUCAACAAUGUCAACAGCUUCAGCUGCUCCUGCCCUCCGGGCUUCAAAGGUGCCAGCUGUGAGACGGAAGAAUCACCGUGUGAAACCAAAGUGUGCCAAAAUGGUGGGAAGUGCCAGGUGGCCAAUGGGACCGCGCUGUGCUCAUGUCAGCCGGGAUACGCAGGGCAAGACUGUGAGACAGAGCUCAACGAGUGCGAGUCCGGCCCGUGCCUGAACGGAGGGCACUGCGUCGACCUGGUUGAUAACUACACGUGCGUCUGCCUGGAGCCCUUCGUGGGACAGCGCUGCGAAAUAGACCCUUCCUCCUGCGAGGACCGGAGCUGCAGGAACCGGCAGACGUGCAACUACAUCCGCCCCGGGCGCUACAUCUGCACGUGCUCCCCGGGUUAUUACGGCAACAACUGCCAAUACGGUGGGCCCCGGGUGCCUGGCGCCUGCCUCUCCAACCCGUGCCAGAAUGAGGGCAGCUGCCUGGAGACAGAGCAGGGCUACGUCUGCGAGUGUCGCGAGGGCUACACCGGGCAGGACUGUCAUGACAAGCUGUCCGAGGGCUGCGAGUGCCGCAACGGGGGCAGCUGCCUGGAGGGAAACGUCACCAUCUGCCAGUGCCCGCCGGGCUACUUCGGUCUCCUCUGCGAGUUCGAAGUGACCGCCACGCCGUGCAAUGUGAACACGCAGUGUCCCGACGGCGGCUACUGCAUGGAGUAUGGCGGGAGCUACCUGUGUGUGUGCCACACCGACUACGGCACGAACCACACGAUGCCGUCCCCCUGCGACUCGGAUCCCUGCCUGAACGGGGGGUCCUGCGAGGUUCACGAUGACUCGUACACCUGCGAGUGCCCUCGGGGCUUCCUGGGCAAGCACUGCGAGAAAGCCCGGCCACGGCUCUGCAGCGCAGUGCCGUGCCGCAACGGGGGCACCUGCAAGGAGGCCGACGGCGAGUACCACUGCGCCUGCCCCUACCGCUUCACGGGCAGGCACUGCGAGAUAGGUAAACCGGAUCCGUGCGCCUCGGGGCCCUGCCAGAACGGGGGCACCUGCUUCCACUACAUCGGCAAGUACAAGUGCGACUGUCCCCCUGGCUACUCCGGCCGGCACUGCGAGAUCGCGCCUUCUCCAUGCUUCCUGAGCCCCUGCGAGAACGGCGCCACAUGCAAGGAGCUCGGCGGGGACUAUGCAUGCGCAUGCCCCAUGGGCUACGUGGGGAAGCACUGCCAGUUGGAGGUCGACUGCGGCGUCCCCAACGAGGUGAAGCACGCGCAGGCCUCCUACAACUCCACCAAGGUGGGCUCGCUGGCCGAGUACCGCUGCGAGCUGGGCUACACCCUCAGCCAGCACAACAACCCGCGUGUCUGCCGCCCGCCGGGCGUUUGGAGCGACCCGCCGGAGUGCGACGAGAUUGAUGAGUGCAGGUCGCAGCCCUGCCUCAAUGGCGGCCUGUGCAAGGACCGCAUCGCCGAGUUCCUGUGCGUGUGCGAGCCGGGAUACGCAGGCCACCACUGUGAGCUGGAUAUCGAUGAGUGCCAGUCGGAGCCCUGCAAGAACGGCGGGACCUGCAAGGACCUGGCGGGCUCCUUUGUGUGUGCCUGUCCUGAGGGCUUCGUGGGGACCCAGUGUGAAACAGAAGUGGACGCUUGCGAGUCAGGCCCGUGCCAAAACGGAGGGGAUUGUGAAAGCUUUGGAGGCUCCUACCUGUGCGUGUGCCCAGAGGGCUUCUUCGGCUACCACUGCGAGACGGGUGCAACGAGAGAGAAAGAGAGAGGAAAACAGAGAGACAAGGGGCCCUGGCCUUCGUCCCCACUGCUCUGCAUUUCGUUGCCGGGGGUCUGUUCUCUAAAGAUUUAUGGCGUUACCUCUCCCCUUUGCUUUUGCCCACACCCUGAAGAAUUGCUGCCACCAACCUCAUUAAAGGUGGAAAGGGUGGAGGACACUGGUGUGUUGAUUUCUUGGCACCCGCCUGAGGACGCACUCGCAAGGCAACUGAUUGACGGCUACGCCGUGACGUACGUAUCCUUCGACGGCUCUUACCGCAGGACAGAUUUUGUGGACCGAAGUCGUUCUGCCCACCAAUUGCGGGCACUCGCCUCCGGCAGAGCCUACAAUAUUUCUGUCUUUUCAGUCAAACGCAACGUGAACAACAAGAACGAUAUCAGCAGGCCGGUCGUGCUCACCACGCGCACUAGACCGCGUCCGGUGGAAGGCUUUGAGAUAACGAACGUGACGGCCAGCGCCAUCACGGUGCAGUGGGCUCUCCACCGGCUCAAGCACUCCACCGUUAGUAGGGUGCGCGUCUCCAUCCGCCAGCCUGGCGACCUGGCAGACCGCACGGUGGAGCUGAACAGCAGCGUGGCCAAGUACACCUUCCUGGACUUGCAGCCAGGAGAGAGGUACAUUGUCCAUGUCACGACGCUGAGCGGCUUGGGGACUGAAGAUCACCCCUCGGAGAGCCUGGCCUCGGCGCCCUUCCACGUGUGGACAAGGCCACUUCCACCCCGCAACCUCACGGCGUCCCGUGUCAGCGACACCUCCGUGUCCAUGGCUUGGGAGCAGCCGCCUGGCGGCACCUACAUCAUCAACGUCACCACCGCACAGAGCGUCAAGAGCCGCUACGUGCCCAACGGGAAGCUGGCAUCCUACACCGUGCGCGACCUGCUCCCUGCGCAGCGCUACCGCCUCUCCGUGACGGCUGUGCAGAACACGGAGCAGGGGCAGGUGCACAGCGAGCCCAUCCACCUCUACGUCAGCACCCGUGAGUGGGGCUGGGCCGAGCGGGGCCGGUGCUGCUUUGGUGGAGGGAGGAGGUGGGGAAAGCAAAACACCUCAACCGAGAGCAGGAGAGAUAGGAGCCGAGGCCUUGCGGCUCCCAGCUUGCUUGGCGCUGCCUCCCUCACCACCCAAGUGGAGCUCACGUCGUUGCCGCUGCCCCUUCCCAGGUUCACAGAGCUGGUGGACGGCAGAGGGAGGAUCAGUGCCAGGUUCGGCCCUUCACCGGAUAAACCCAUCACAGUGAAGACACAGCCCGACACGCCGGUGAAGCUGGAGAAGGCGGAGGAGCCGCCGCCGGGCAGCCAAGCCCUGCAGCUGCCCGAGGCGCGGAGCAGCAGCGCCAGGCGCGAGUGCUCCGCCAAGCCCUGCAGGAACGGCGGCGUCUGUGUGUGGGGCGCCCGCUCCUACCGCUGCCACUGCACGCCGGGCUUCAAGGGCCGCCACUGCGAGCUGGCCUGCAAGAAGGUGCCCCUCUCGUGCACGCGGCUGUACUCGGAAACCAAGUCAUUCCCCGUGUGGGAAGGAGGCAUCUGCCGCUACCUGUACAGGCGCGUCUACAGGGUACAGCAGGACCUCUGCUACCGGGAGAGCUGCGAGGGCGGCGCUGCCACGCGCGCCGUGGGCAGAAAGCAAAGCACCAGUCACACACUGAAGAAGCCCUAG